GGAGGGAUGUGCAGGAUUCCCACUCCUGGUGCCCCACACCAACAAGAUUAUGAAGAUUUGAUAUUUCUGCUGGGAAACACGGCAGCUACAUAUUGAAAUCCAGGAUUAGUUGCCUUUUCAUUUCCUCCUCUCGGCCGGGCCUCGACCAUGAGGCUGGAGCGCGGCCGGCGGGCUUCUCUGGCACUCACCCUCAAUUUUGUGGCGUUUGCAUUCGCCCUGUCGGCGGUGACCACAAGCUACUGGUGCGAGGGGACCAGGAAGGUGCCCAAACCAUUCUGCACGGGGCCGCCGUUACAGGUGAAGCAGUGGUUCUGCAUUCGCUUCAACAGCUCCAACAUCAACGACAGCCGGCUGGUGCAGUACAUCUUCGAGACCGGAGAGGAGAAGUUCCUCAUGAGGAAGUUUCACACGGGGAUCUUUUUCUCCUGUGAGCAGGCCGCAGACAUGAACGGCUUCGACUGUCGAGACUUCUCAGAGAUCGCACCUGAACACGAACGAGGUGUGCUGUGGUUGUGUAUCGUGGCGGAAAGCCUGUACCUCACCCUCCUGUUCGCAGGGGGCGCUCUGAUGGCGAUGGAGCAGUGUCCCUGUUUCAGCAUUAUGAACAAACUGAAGCUCAGUGCCUUUGCAGCCUUGUGUACUGCCCUAUCAGGUCUUUGUGGGAUGGUGGCCCACAUGAUGUUCACCACCAUCUUCCAGCUGGCUGUAGCGAUGGGACCAGAGGACUGGAGACCAAAGACCUGGGACUACAGCUGGUCUUAUGUGUUGGCAUGGGGCUCUUUUGGUACCUGUAUGGGCUCUGCAGUGACGGCGCUCAACAGGUACACAAAGACCAUCAUGGAGUUCAAAUACAAGCGGAGAAACAUCGAGAAGAAUCUGAUGAUCAAACAGAAAAUGAUGGAGCUCGACCUGCCCGACCAGGUGUGGGACAUGUACCUGACCUCUGACCCCACAGACCCAGAGGCUCCGCCCGACCCCCCUGCCAACGGAAUCAAACCAUCCACGGGAACUACAUACGAGGUGGAGCUGGAGGACGGAGCAGAGACACAGGGGGAGGCUUACUGCUGAACGUGGACUCUCUGUACUUCUGGAUCAGGUUCAGAUUCUGGAUCAGGAUGCACUCUGUGGCUGUAUUUUUCUCUAACAGGACUAAGCGUGUUUGUUUGGAGGAUCAUGGAGCAGAUGUGUGUCAGUGCAGCUGGGUCUUGAGUGUUUUUCGUGGAAUAAUGUGACUCGGUGUGACACUACAGGAGACAUUUAAUCUGGCUGUGAGAUUUUAUCUGAGGGAGGAGAGAAAGAAAGAGAGAGAAAUAUAAACAAUAAUCUGCUGAUCACGCCCUCUAUGACUGCUUUUAUUCAGGAGGUAUUUUUUAAUAAAAGUUUAUUUGAAAUAUGA